GUGCCUAGACCCUUGUGCCUUCAAAACAUGGGUCUAGCGCGGCUAGGCUAGGAGGAAGCUGGAGUAUCUGGAAAAAACCCACGCAUGCACAGGGAGAACAUGUAAACUCCAGGGAAGGCCAGGACAUGAACUGGGGAUCUUGUAGCUGCAAGGCGAAAGUGCUAACCACCAUUCCACUGUGCAGCAAGAAAAAGGAAACGUGAAAGUAUAUUUAAAUGACAACCUUUUGUAGUCUUCAUGGCUAAAAAUGCCUUAUGUAAUUUCACUAUGAAUUCAACAGUGAAAAACUGAAAUCUCCAAUAAUUUCUUGUUCUUGCACAAAAUUUAUUGACAUUGCAGCCAUUUAUUUAUUUCUCUUGGUGCGAUAAAGCAGGACACAUUCUGUCCAUAUCAGAUGUCUUACAGAAAAAAGACUAUUCUAGAAUUGUGAGUAUGUUUUUCAGUUGGAGACAGAGCAUUUUUUUCUGUAUGUGUUUUGAAAAAAAGACGUGCAAAGUAGCUGCCAGUGUGAAAGUGUUGCAUAUAUUUUACUAACAGUCAUUUCCUAUACAGCUCAAAGGAAAUUACAUGUUUCAGGAAGCAGAGCGAGUGAGCUGUCUUUUGAAAACAAAAUCGCACAAACAUGUCAGAGAAUCAAGAGAAUGAAAGAAGAAUCGUGGAUGUGGACAGUGCUUUCCUCAAAUCCAGGAGGGGAAUUGUGAAGUUAGCAGAGAUGGGGACUCUGCUGGUGGCAUUCGUGUGCUUCACUGUAGGAUCUGUACCAAAGUUCACUGCAGCCACACUGUUGGAGUUUAUGAUCACCUCUUUUCUUCUGCUGUUCUACGUGCUCAAACUCAACAAGAGGCUGACUUUCUUCUUUUGGCCUCUCGUUGACGUUUUCAAUUCAAUCUUUGCAGCAGCCUACUUUAUUGUCUUGAGCUUGAUGGCUUUGGCCACAUACAGGGUUGCAGGAACGCUGGUUGGAGGGAUCGUGUGUCUCAUAUCUGCUGGGCUGCUGUGUGUGGACAGUUUCACACUUUUCAGGAACAUCACAUUCAACAAGCCAAGAACUGAAAUCCAGAGUCAAGGGAAUGAAUGAAUAAACGAAUUACAGUAUAAUGAAAAAUGCUUUAUGAGAGAAUUCACAAGCUGAAAUCCCACAACACUGAUAAUAUACACAGACAUACAUAGUGUAUAUAUAUAUGUACAUAUAUACAGAGUGAAGACCUCGAAUCUGAUUGGACGCCUCCUAUUCAGUCCCAUGUAUGAACAAAUGCCUCUAAGUUGCUUUGUUUUCUAAAAUAAAUCUAGUUUCAGUCCUAA